CAGCGCUUGCCGAUUAUGAAUCGUUCCGUCAAUCGCCAUAUUGAUUUUAGACGAAAAAUCUCAACCAGCCACAUUGGACCGUGAUAAUUCGAAGCUACACUUAAUCGAAUUAAUUUUCUCAGCUCUUUCGGAGACCUAAAGGAAUUUUUAAAUACGUUUCCAUGAAUAGGACACAAACAUAACAGCAGAUCGGAGAAAUACCAGCAAAACUACAUACAUCAUCAUUUGUACUGCAUAACAAAGCCGGAAAAAGAAACUUUGGGACGAAGCAUUGCCAACCAAACACGGUAGUGAACGCUUGGUCCUACACCAAAGUGGAAUAAUACAGUAAGAGCGAACAUUUUGAUUUACAGAUACUAACAUCACAACAGCCAGCGACAAAACGCAGAGUCUACAAUGUCUUCUAUGAAUCAGCGACAGAAACGCGAUAUUGGAUAUGAUCAAGAUUCGCGCAGAGAAGAUCGUAGACGGCGAAGUCAUUCACGUAGUCGUUCGCGUCAUCGUCGCUACCGCCGUAAAAGUGAUGAUAGUCGUUCAUGCAGUCGAUCGCCGGAAUAUCGUAGGCGCCAUGCCGACAAACGUUCACGCAGUCGUAGUAGAAGCUCAAGUCGUCGCAAUAGACCCAGCUCCAAUCGACGACAUAGAGAUUCACGUAGCCGAAGCCGCACUCCUACGCGUUCACAUCGUAGCAGCAGAAGAGAUUCGCGUUCACGCAGCUCAGAUAGGCAAUCACGGCAAUUGCGCGAUGGUGAACGUCGCCAAAAUGUUAAUGAACUCAAAAGGUCCACAGAUUAUAACCGUUCGACAACAACAUUAGAAAAUACAGAUUUACAACAUCUACCGUUGCCGAAACGUGAACCGAUUGGCGCUUAUUAUAAUCUCGAUACCGAUGAACCUAUUGACAAAGAGCGCAUACAUCGUGAAAUGGAAGAGAAAUUACGUCAGGCACUUGCUAAAGAAGGCAAAGUGUAUCCACCAAAAAAGCCAGAAGCUUCACAUCCAGUAUUUGCGAAUGACGGUUCAUUCUUGGAAAUUUUUAAGAAAAUGCAAGCGCAGCAGCAACAACACCAUGCGCCGGCAGCAACAGUUACGGCAGCGUUGGCACCAGUAGUGACGGCUCCUGUACUUGCAUCUACCUCAAAUGCUGCCGCCUAUAUUGCGGCCACAUCGACCGGCAAGUCUGCGCCACCACCACCAUUAGUCGGACGACGACGUGGUGGAAAAAUUCUCAAGACUGGCGUCGUUGCCAAGCCCAAAGCACAAGCGGAACAAAGUGACGACCCCAAAGAUUUUUGGUCACUGUACUUAGCAGAAGUCAACAAGUACAAGAAUCAUGCAUGUGAUUCCGACGGCGGCACUAGGCCACUUGUUAAGUGAGCCUAAAUAUGCAAAGAAUUGAACUUGAAUAGAGCUCAUCGAUAAAUGAGCGAAUACUUCGAGUUUUCCCAAAUUAAUCUAGAAAUCUGUGCAUAUAAAUAUAUGAUUUACUAAUGUUAAGAAAUUUUAUCUAAAUUGGAUUAUGAAUCAAUUCCACUUCUAAAAACAUCCUUUGAAUAAUUUACAUUUUGCUCUAUGAAUUAGCGUUAAUUGUAGUUGUAAGUGACUAUUUUUUAACAAAGUUAAAUGGAUAGGAUAGCACUUGAAAAAUUGAGAGAAUUACCCACACAUUUUGCUGGUGGUAUUCAAGCACGAAGUUUUUACGUGCGAGUAUUGAAAAGCAUUUAUUUAUAGCUUUCAAAAAAUACACACAUUUAUAUAAUUUAUUAA